AUGCGUGGCGUCGGCUGGCAGACGCUGUCCCUGUCGCUGGGGUUAGUGCUGGUGAUCCUGAACGAGGUGGCGCCGCAGGCGUGCCCGGCGCAGUGCUCCUGCUCGGGCAGCACAGUGGACUGUCACGGGCUGGCGCUGCGCAGCGUGCCCAGGAAUAUCCCCCGCAACACUGAGAGACUGGAUUUGAAUGGAAAUAACAUCACACGGAUUACCAAGACAGAUUUUGCUGGUCUUCGACACCUAAGAGUCCUUCAGCUUAUGGAGAAUAAGAUUAGCACCAUUGAAAGAGGAGCAUUCCAGGAUCUUAAAGAACUGGAGAGACUGCGUUUAAACAGAAAUCACCUUCAGCUGUUUCCUGAGUUGCUGUUUCUUGGGACUUCGAAGCUGUACAGGCUUGAUCUCAGUGAAAAUCAAAUUCAGGCAAUUCCAAGGAAGGCUUUCCGUGGGGCAGUUGACAUUAAAAAUCUGCAACUGGAUUACAACCAGAUCAGCUGUAUUGAAGAUGGGGCAUUUAGGGCUCUGCGGGACUUGGAAGUGCUCACUCUCAACAAUAACAACAUUACUAGACUUUCUGUGGCAAGUUUCAACCAUAUGCCUAAACUUAGGACUUUUCGACUGCACUCGAACAAUCUAUAUUGCGACUGCCACCUGGCCUGGCUGUCUGACUGGUUGCGCCAGAGGCCCCGGGUUGGUCUCUACACUCAGUGUAUGGGCCCAUCCCACCUGCGGGGCCAUAAUGUAGCUGAGGUGCAAAAACGCGAAUUUGUCUGCAGUGAUGAGGAAGAAGGUCACCAGUCCUUUAUGGCUCCUUCUUGCAGUGUUCUGCACUGUCCAGCUCCUUGUACGUGUAGCAACAAUAUCGUAGACUGUCGUGGGAAAGCUCUCACUGAGAUCCCCACGAAUCUGCCAGAGACCAUCACAGAAAUACGUUUGGAACAGAACUCAAUCAAGGUCAUCCCUCCUGGAGCUUUCUCACCAUAUAAAAAGCUUAGAAGAAUUGACCUGAGUAAUAAUCAGAUCUCUGAACUAGCACCAGAUGCUUUCCAAGGACUACGCUCUCUGAAUUCACUUGUCCUCUAUGGAAAUAAAAUCACAGAACUCCCAAAAAGUUUAUUUGAAGGACUGUUUUCCUUACAGUUACUAUUAUUGAAUGCCAACAAGAUAAACUGCCUUCGGGUAGAUGCUUUUCAGGAUCUGCACAACUUGAACCUUCUCUCCUUGUACGACAACAAGCUUCAGACCAUUGCCAAGGGGACUUUUUCACCUCUCCGGGCCAUUCAAACCAUGCAUUUGGCCCAGAACCCCUUUAUUUGUGACUGCCAUCUCAAGUGGCUGGCGGAUUAUCUCCAUACCAACCCCAUCGAGACCAGUGGUGCCCGCUGCACCAGCCCCCGGCGUCUGGCAAACAAAAGAAUCGGACAAAUCAAAAGCAAGAAAUUCCGUUGUUCAGCUAAAGAACAGUAUUUCAUUCCAGGUACAGAAGAUUAUCGAUCAAAAUUAAGUGGGGACUGCUUUGCAGAUUUGGCUUGCCCUGAAAAGUGCCGCUGUGAAGGAACCACAGUAGAUUGCUCCAAUCAAAAACUCACCAAAAUCCCAGACCACAUUCCCCAGUACACUGCAGAGCUGCGUCUCAAUAAUAAUGAAUUCACAGUGUUGGAAGCUACAGGAAUCUUCAAGAAACUUCCGCAGUUACGUAAAAUAAACUUUAGCAACAAUAAGAUUACAGACAUUGAAGAAGGAGCAUUUGAAGGAGCUUCUGGUGUCAAUGAAAUACUUCUCACGAGUAAUCGCUUGGAAAAUGUUCAGCAUAAGAUGUUCAAGGGAUUAGAAAGCCUGAAAACUUUGAUGUUGAGAAGUAAUCGUAUAAGCUGUGUUGGCAAUGAUAGUUUCGUAGGACUGAGUUCUGUGCGUUUGCUUUCUUUAUAUGAUAAUCAAAUUACUACCAUUGCACCAGGGGCAUUUGAUACUCUCCAUUCUUUAUCUACUCUAAACCUGUUGGCCAAUCCUUUUAACUGCAACUGCUACCUGGCUUGGCUGGGUGAAUGGCUAAGGAAGAAAAGAAUUGUAACCGGAAAUCCUCGCUGUCAGAAACCAUACUUCCUCAAAGAAAUCCCCAUCCAGGAUGUCGCCAUUCAAGACUUCACCUGUGAUGAUGGCAAUGAUGAGAGUAGCUGUUCUCCACUCUCUCGCUGCCCCACGGAAUGCACAUGCUUGGAUACAGUGGUCCGAUGCAGCAACAAGGCCUUGAAGGUCUUGCCCAAAGGUAUUCCCAGAGACGUCACUGAAUUGUAUCUGGAUGGGAACCAAUUUACACUGGUGCCUAAGGAGUUCUAUAACUACAAACAUUUAACACUCAUAGACUUAAGUAACAACCGGAUAAGCACCCUUUCUAAUCAGAGCUUCAGUAACAUGACCCAGCUCCUCACCUUAAUUCUUAGUUACAACCGUUUGAGAUGUAUUCCUCCUCGAACCUUCGAUGGAUUGAAGUCUCUCCGAUUACUUUCAUUACAUGGAAAUGACAUUUCUGUUGUGCCUGAAGGUGCUUUCAAUGAUCUUUCUGCGUUAUCACACCUGGCAAUUGGAGCCAACCCCCUUUACUGUGAUUGUAACAUGCAGUGGUUAUCGGACUGGGUAAAGUCGGAAUACAAAGAACCCGGAAUUGCUCGCUGCGCCGGUCCUGGAGAAAUGGCAGAUAAAUUAUUACUCACGACUCCCUCCAAAAAAUUUACAUGCCAAGGUCUCGUGGAUGUCAGUAUUCUAGCUAAAUGUAAUCCGUGCUUAUCAAACCCAUGUAAAAACGAUGGCACCUGUAACAAUGAUCCAGUUGACUUUUAUCGCUGUACCUGUCCCUAUGGUUUCAAGGGGCAGGACUGUGAUGUCCCGAUUCAUGCAUGCAUCAGUAACCCAUGUCAACAUGGAGGAACUUGCCACUUAAAGGAAGGAGAAAAAGAUGGAUUCUGGUGUAUUUGUGCUGAUGGCUUUGAAGGAGAAAAUUGUGAAGUCAAUGUUGACGACUGUGAAGAUAAUGACUGUGAAAAUAACUCUACAUGUGUGGAUGGAAUUAAUAACUACACGUGCCUUUGUCCACCUGAGUACACAGGCGAGUUGUGUGAGGAGAAGCUGGACUUCUGUGCCCAGGACCUGAACCCCUGCCAACACGACUCCAAGUGCAUCCUGAUGCCAAAGGGAUUUAAGUGCGACUGCACACCAGGCUAUGUGGGUGAGCACUGCGACAUUGACUUUGAUGACUGCCAAGAUCACAAGUGUAGAAACGGAGCCCACUGCACGGAUGCAGUGAAUGGCUAUACGUGCAUCUGCCCCGAAGGUUACAGUGGCCUGUUCUGUGAAUUUUCUCCACCCAUGGUCCUCCCUCGAACCAGCCCCUGUGAUAACUUUGAUUGUCAGAAUGGAGCCCAGUGCAUCAUCAGGAUAAAUGAGCCCAUCUGCCAGUGUUUGCCGGGCUACCAGGGAGAGAAGUGUGAAAAGUUGGUCAGCGUGAAUUUUGUCAACAAAGAGUCUUAUCUUCAAAUUCCUUCAGCCAAGGUCCGGCCUCAAACGAACAUCACCCUACAGAUUGCCACAGAUGAAGACAGCGGAAUCCUCCUGUAUAAGGGCGACAAGGACCAUAUUGCCGUUGAACUGUACCGGGGACGGGUCCGCGCGAGCUAUGACACCGGCUCACACCCGGCUUCUGCCAUUUACAGUGUGGAGACGAUCAAUGACGGAAACUUUCACAUUGUGGAGCUACUUGCCCUGGAUCAGAGUCUCUCCCUCUCCGUGGAUGGAGGGAGCCCCAAAAUCAUCACCAACUUGUCAAAGCAGUCCACUCUGAAUUUUGACUCCCCCCUCUAUGUAGGAGGUAUGCCAGGCAAGAACAACGUGGCCGCGGCCCUGCGCCAGGCCCCCGGGCAGAACGGCACCAGCUUCCACGGCUGCCUCCGCAACCUUUACAUCAACAGCGAGCUGCAGGACUUCCGCAAGGUGCCCAUGCAGACCGGCAUUCUGCCCGGCUGUGAGCCGUGCCACAAGAAGGUGUGCGCCCACGGCACGUGCCGACCCAGCAGCCAGUCGGGCUUCACCUGUGAAUGUGAGGAAGGCUGGACUGGGCCCCUCUGUGACCAGAGGACCAAUGACCCCUGUCUUGGAAAUAAAUGUGUGCACGGCACCUGCUUGCCCAUCAAUGCAUUCUCCUACAGCUGUAAGUGUCUGCAGGGCCACGGCGGUGUCCUCUGUGAUGAGGAGGAGGAUCUGUUUAACCCCUGCCAGGCGAUCAAGUGCAAGCAUGGGAACUGCAGGCUCUCCGGACUGGGGCAGCCCUACUGCGAAUGCAGCAGUGGAUACACUGGAGACAGCUGUGACCGAGAAAUCUCUUGUCGAGGGGAGCGGAUACGAGAUUAUUACCAAAAGCAGCAGGGCUAUGCCGCUUGCCAGACAACCAAGAAGGUGUCCCGGUUGGAAUGCAGAGGUGGGUGUGCGGGAGGGCAGUGCUGCGGACCUCUGAGGAGCAAGCGGCGGAAAUACUCUUUUGAAUGCACUGAUGGGUCUUCGUUUGUGGAUGAGGUCGAGAAAGUGGUGAAGUGUGGUUGUUCCAGGUGCGCCUCUUAAUCGCGUCCCUGGCCCCUUGUGUCUUUGGGGAAUGUUGUCUACUUCUCGACCGUGGUGGACUCAUUAAUGCUUCAUAGUGGAAAUAUUUGAAAUAUAUUGUAAAAUACAGAACAGACUUAUUUUUAUUAUGAGAAUAAAGACUUUUUUUUUUUUUCUG